CACCCAGCGGCUCAGGUUUCCCUUCGUCGUCGACGAAGAACACGAAAGAAAAAGGCGCGACAUGAAUAGACCCUUGGAACCUGAGAUCAGCACUGGGUUUUGCCACGGCGCUGACAAUACGCCACCCACCCUCGACUCCCAAGCGGUCGCUACUCGAACUCUCAAGCAACAGAAGAUGAGAGCCGCCGCGGUCAAGUUGGAGCCCAAGAAGCUCUCACCUUUCCUCAAAGACGCUACUCCAACUGCUUCUUUCUCAGGACUUCCUCCCGAGGUGCUUUAUGAGAUAUUCAACCACUGCGACCCCGCGUCCCUCGUCCUCCUAACGAAAACGUCCAUCGUCUUGCGCGACAUGCUAAUGGAGAGCUCUCAGAGCAUAAUCAGAUUGUGGAAGGAGCGGUACACCGCUUGCACGGGGUACGAGCUGCCGCCCGCGGCGGUUGAUAUCUCGAUCCCCAGACUCGCCUGCUUGAUCGUGGAUGAGUCCUGCUCUCUCUGCAACGCGUAUCCCGGGCCGGAGAGCAAGAAGGCGCCCAUCAUCAUCUGGAACGCGCGCAUACGGUGCUGCAAGGCGUGCCUCUACGGAAGCGACCGCCUCAUCUACGAGGAGAACCUGACUACAUUUAAAGCCAUCCGCGACGUCCGCCGCCUCCUCGGGCCCGCCGGGUUCCGGCCGCAUGACCUGUUCCCGGGCUUGUCUGCUUCGAACGGCAUCUACCAGCUCUUCAUGCUCGAGCCGGUCGAGAGGUUCGUCAGGGAUUACGAGAGGUUUGUCGAGGACGACGAGAGAUUCGUGAAAGACGGCGAGAGGUUCGUCAAGGACGACGAGCAGGAGUGCACGGUCAAGACGAAAGACGAGAAGACCAACUCAAAAGAAGAGAAGACCAACUCAAAAGAAGAGAAGACCAAAACAAAAGAAGAGAAGACCAAGUCGAACGAGGAGAAGUCCAACACGAAAGAGGAGCAGACCAAGACGAAAGAGGAGACCAAGACGAAAGAAGAGAAGACCAAGACGAGCGAAGAGAAGACCAAGACGAAAGAAGAAAGAAGAGAAGACCAAAACGAAAGAAGAGGAGACCAACUCGAAAGAAGAAGAGACCAAAACGAAAGAGGCGAAGACCAGAACGAAAGAGGCGAAAAAAGCGUGGGUAGCGCGCAAGGCGGCGGAGUUUGCAAAGAUCAGGAAGUUGAGUCGUGGUCUCGCCGUCUCGCUAGCCAUGGAAGCCUAUACUCGCCAGCCCACGCCCAUAUCUGCAAGCAGUGGGAGGCGAAGAUCCAAGCGCAGCAGAAAGCGAAGGAGAAGGCGGUGCGCAGGGACAGGUUGGAGGGGAUACUACAACACCUUAAUGUGCUUGGAAUGGAAGCGGAGGUGCACCAAUCGGCGAAUUGGGAUGCUUUCAGGGCGCACGCAAUCGUAACUGAGCCAAAGGAGCUCACGGAGGAAGCCUGGAACCACAUCCGUGUCCCCUUACUCCAGUUCGUCAACGACCUUCGCGAGACACGCCUCGCGCACGAGCGGCGCGAGAUCAUCCGCCAGCGAUACAACACGCUCGAGAAGGUCUACAACACAUACCUGGACGAGCAGACGGGCCCGGAGCGCUACAACGCGUCCCUCAACCGCUUCGAAGGGACCGCGGCGCGCUACCUGCUGCCCCAAAUCGGCGACCUAAUCACGUUUCGGGAGGUCGUGGACCUCAUCGAGGGCACGCCCGUCGAGCAGCCGCUCACGGAGGACCAGAUACGCGCUCUGAUCGACCAGCUCACGCGCACGCCCAUCGACGCACUGGGCCAGACGCGCUUCCGGGCGUGGCGCGCGGGGUGCGAAAGGGAGCUGGCAGCGCUGCUCAGUGCGGCGGACCCGGCGCGAACGGCGGCGGACCUUAGACUCCACCUCGCGGCGACGCUGUUCUCGCGCGUGGACGAUGUCCGGACGCGGCUGCAGUACCCCGCCGUCCUCGGCGCGCGCCCGGGCGCGGACUGCCGCGACGGGUGCCCAACACCGCGCCGCGCGCCCGCCAAAGCGGACACCAUGCCGCCGGCGCAGGUCCUUGCCCGGACCGCGUGGUCGGCGGCGGCGUUCACGGUCGAGCUCGCGCGGCUGCGGCUAGCGGAGCAGGUCGUCAGCCUCGCGGGGCUCGAUCCGCGCACGGCGACUCCGGCGGCGAUGGACGCGCGCGGGGCGUGGGUCGCGCUCAAGAGCGAGAUGGACGGCAGCGGGGGCACAUAUCGGGCGAUGAUGUGGCGGUAUGCGGUGCUCAACUACGACGGGCCCGGUCUCCGGUCUCCCGAGGAUGUGAGGAGGGCCAAGUUCGUGCUGCUGUCGGACGAGGAUGCGGCGCAGGCGCACGCACAAGCGGCGCAUGCGUGGGCGGGUCAGGGAUAUGCAGACCUCCCCAGGCCACAUAAGUAUUAGAGGGGCAAGUCGCGCAAGCGGGGUGUCUUGUAGGAUGUAUACGCACUUUCUCUGGCGCGGAUGUCUAACGGGAGGAAGGAUCCUUGUGCAAAAUCUAUCAUGUACAGCGAAGCAGACGUAGCCAUCUUUCAGCACGCUGGCGGUCAGAGACUUAAUUUGUGCUAGGAAUCAAGCUACUCCAAAUGUACUGGCAACGCAAAAUGGCACGCCAAUUAGAUACGGACACGUCUAUACGCCAUCGAAAAGGUACGUGGAUGAC